AUCCAAUUAUUUCUCUCCUUCAAAAAAUUUAAGCAAGAUCCUUAUAACGAUUAAAUUAUUUCAACCAAAUCUUUGUCUUUUUUUAAUCAAAGCUUAUAAACGUGGGUGCAUAAACAAUAGCUUCGCUCUAUUUAUUCACACACACACACACUACUAUCAUCAUUUAUUUGUCGCCGGAAAAACACAAUGAUACCGGAUAAAUGGACGGCAACGGUGGCAAGCAUAUGGAUUCAGUGCAGCUCCGGCUCCUCCUACGCCUUCGGCAUCUACUCCCCCCUCCUCAAAUCCUCCCAGCUCUACGAUCAGUCCACUCUCGAUACUGUCUCCGUCUUCAAAGACAUCGGCGCCAACGUCGGCGUCAUUUCCGGCCUGCUCUACGCCGCCGUUUCGUCCCGGCGACGUGGGCCGUGGCUGGUGCACUUGGUCGGGGCGGUUCUGUGCUUUGUUGGGUAUUUUUUUAUAUGGUUAGCGGUGACCGGAAUUCUAGACCGGCCGCCGGUUCCGGUGAUGUGUGUUUUUAUGUUUCUGGCGAGUCAGGCGCAGACGUUUUUUAAUACGGCGAAUGUUGUUGUCGCGGUGCAGAAUUUUCCGGAGUAUGGGGGAACUAUUGUUGGCAUUAUGAAGGGUUUUCUUGGGCUGAGUGGAGCAAUUAUAAUUCAAGUGUAUUACUCGUUGCUGGAGAACAAUCCAAGUAGUUUCUUGUUAAUGCUUGCUUUGUUGCCAUCUCUUCUCCCCAUCUCGCUCAUGUUUUUCGUUAGAACAUAUGAGACAAAUGAUGGACACGACAACAAGCAUUUGAAUCAUUUAUCAUCGAUUGCCUUAAUUCUUGCUGCCUACAUCUUGAUGUUAAUAAUUUUGGAAAAUACCUUUACUUUUCAACCAUGGGCUCGGAUUUUUAUGUUCCUCUUACUUCUUUUGUUGCUAUUUUCACCCCUAAAAAUUGCAAUAAAUGCUCAGAGAGAGGAAACAUGUAGAAUUUCACCAACUUCUGCCUCAAGAACCCGUUUACUUCAUAAUACCGAGUCUAUAGAUCCUAAAAAGAAUUAUGCAGUAGGGGAUCCUAUAGAAAACCGUGAUUUGCAACUUUAUGCAAGACAAGAAAAUGAUGGUUUAGAAAAUCACACAAGACAAAUUGGAGAAGAAAUGAAUCUCUUGCAAGCCUUAGGCACCAUGGAUUUCUGGUUGUUAUUUGUUGCUAUGAUUUGCGGUAUGGGAUCAGGAGUUGCCACCAUCAAUAAUAUCAGCCAAAUAGGAGAAUCUCUAAACUAUACAUCCGUUGAAAGAAGUACGUUGGUUUCUUUGUGGAGUAUAUGGAAUUUUCUUGGACGUUUUGGAGCUGGUUAUGUAUCAGAUGUUUACCUCCACAAAAGAGGCUGGCCAAGGCCGAUUUUUAUGAUUCUUACACUAGCAACCAUGGCUUCUGGCCAUUUAGUUAUCGCAUCUGGAUUUCCUGGAAAUUUGUAUUUGGGUUCUGUUAUAGUUGGUGUUUGUUAUGGUUCUCAGUGGUCCUUGAUGCCCACUAUUACCUCGGAAAUUUUUGGCGUGCUGCAUUUAGGAACCAUUUUCAACACCAUUGCUGUGGCUAGCCCCAUCGGAUCUUAUAUAAUGUCUGUUCGGGUGGCUGGCUAUAUUUACGACAAAGAAGCAUCAGGGCACCGGACAUGUUAUGGCACUCAUUGUUUUAUGCUUUCAUAUUGCAUCUUUGCUGCUGUAAGUCUUUUGGGUUCAUUAGUUGCCUUGAUAUUGUUUUUCCGGACAAGGAGGUUUUACACAAUGGUUCUUCUCAAUAGAAUACAGCAUUCUUCAAGAGGGUAGAUGUGCAUUCAAGCUCAGGCCACUGAUGUUAUGUCUUUUUGGCUCAAAUCUGCUUUGAUAGUUAUGCCUUCGUAUUGACUCUAAUAACUGUAAGGCAUAUUAAACUUCAAGUAGUAAAGACCCUUUACCCAAGUGGUAGCAGAUUUGCAAGUUACAUAUAAUCUUGGUUUUGUGUAAUGUAUCCUGGUGCAAGCAGAUUUGCAAGUUACAUAUAAUCUUGGUUUUGUGUAAUGUAUCCUGGUGCAACUCUUUACUUAUAGAGAAUGUAAUUUACAUCAGUUUAUUCGCUCACAGUUGGAAAUCAAAGACUCAGCCUCAAAGAUAAUUCAAGAUCAAGGCACUCUCAAAUAUGUUCCAACACUUGAGGUAGCUCUGGUAUGGCACUCUUCUAAAUCAAAUGAAGUAGACCUGAAUAUUGCUGCCAGAUGGUCGAGUGACCUUGGACGUUUUUUUGUACAGAGUGCUAGUUGGGAGUUUGAUCAUCCUGUUUAGUCCAUAUCCUGUCACAGUUUCUUACAUCUAUCUGAGAAGUUCGUUGACAAGCAACUUGUGGAUUGGCUAUAUACCUAUGCUUAAUUGGUUAUUUUCAGUCUCAA